CACAACUUCCUGGCCCAGCACUUAUGAAUUCCUCAAGGUUUAUCCUGUGUCGGUUCCGCAGCACAGGAACUGUGCGGAAUAUUGCGAGAGAUUCUCGAGAUAACCUCAUCUCAAGAUGGCAAUCUUCCAGGCAUAUUUCUCAAUCCAGACCCCGGUGUGAGAAGCAAGCUGGAGAUGACCCCAACUUCAUGUCCAUAGUGGACAACCCCCCCAAUUUGGUCCGGACAGGUAGGAAGCAUGGGCCGGGUCUCAUCAUUCUAGCUCUGAUCCCCAUCACGGCCUUUGCGCUCGGGACUUGGCAAGUCAAGCGUCUCGAUUGGAAAACGAAUCUUAUAGCCAAAUUCGAAGACCGUCUAAUUCGCGAUCCUCUGCCAUUGCCGCCUCAUGUUGACCCCUCUGCUAUCCACGAGUUCGACUAUAGGCGGAUAUACGCUACAGGCCAUUUCAGACAUGACCAAGAGAUGCUGAUAGGUCCACGGAUACACGAUGGCCAUGAAGGAUAUUUAGUUAUAACACCCCUAGAGAGGGAAGGGGACGGGACUACGGUACUCAUAAAUAGGGGCUGGAUUGCCAAGAAGUUUAAGGAACAGAAGGAUAGGCCGGAUGGCCUGCCUACUGGAGAAGUUACCGUGGAGGGGUUGUUGAGGGAACCAUUCAAAAAGAACAUGUUCACACCAGAUAAUAGCCCGGAGAAAAAGGAGUUUUAUUUCCCGGAUGUGGAACAGAUGGCCAAGUUAACGGGUAGUCAACCCGUCUGGGUUGAGGAAACAAUGGAGCCGGAUCUUCUGACAUCGUGGGAUCGAGAGGCUAGAGGAAUACCAAUCGGCAGAGCUCCGGAAGUAGACCUCAGAAAUAACCACACACAAUAUAUCUUCACAUGGUAUGCCCUCGGAGUAGCCACAUCAGUCAUGCUGUGGAUACUAGUUAGAAAACCACCGGCUGAUGUAGCCCGCCGUGUACGCCAAAAUAAAGAUUGGUCAUAAGUCAUCAAAUCGUCAUUCAAUCAUUCGUCUACGUCCACGUCCUCGUCCACCUCGUCGACGCUCUCGAGCUGACGUCCCCUUUUGGUUUUUGAAGGAGGAACCAUUCGCAAUUCUUGUAGAAGCUCUCGAGGAAGAUACUUCUGAGCUAAUGAAAAAGGCGUCGUCGUAGUGUUUGUCUGGCGUUGUCUGUAAAUAUGUACUAUUAGAUAUAGCUAAUCUCCUUGGGUGAGGUAAGACGUACCGUUUCAUGAGUGUAAGAACAUCACUCUCCUCAAUGGUCUUCCGGCCG